AUGCAGUACACUCCGCAGCAAAUUACCUGGAAUGCUGGUUUCCAGGCAGCAUUCAUAACCAAUGACCAGCCUGCCACACUGCCUCCAAGCACGGACCGGCCAGUGCGCGCAGCUGCGCAGGAAGCCGCAGAGAAGAUCCACAGGCAGAACCCAGACAGCUGCUCAGACCCAGGCAGCCAAGACAGUGGCAGCGGCGACAGUGGCAUUGAAGGGGAGCAGGCAGCGGGUGCGAUCCUUCAGCAGGAGUGGUCUCUGCCUCGCCAGCCUGGCAUGCAGCAGGGAAGCCGCAAGAAGCCGCGCACAGAUGCAGAUCAGCUCGCAGGAGGGGCUGUUGUGUACCAAUGCUCAGAGGGCAAUGCGCGCAGCAUUGCCAGCAAGGAUCAGCCUGUGGCUAAGGGUGACAUGACCCUGGCUGUCACCGAGGGUGACGUAAGCGCAGACGACUUCUGUCGGAUUUUCAGAUCGUCGCAGGCCCAGCGCCGGCAGCUGGAGCAGGAGAACAGGAAGCUGCGUGCGCGCAUGCAGGAGAUGGAGGAAGCUGCCAGGAAACAGGCGGCAGUUGUCAGGAACCUGCGCAGAGAUAACAUCCUCGCAAAGGGGAACCUGCAGGCAGCUGAGGUAAACCUGCGCGCAACAGAGCAGGUGAUGAAUGACACUUGA